CCCAUUAAAUGCCUUGUGCAGGCAGGCGGUGCUGCUGCCUCUGCUGCUCCCCGGGCUGCCCCAGCCACUGUGCAUGGGCUGCCUCCUCCUCCUCCUCCUCCUCUGAUACAUGGCUGGCUGGCUGUACUUGUUACAGUGUCAUAUCCUCCCUACCAGCUGCAACACCAACUUCCCCCCCAGCUAGUCUCCUCCUGCCCAGGGCUACUGCCAAGUGAUGGGAUAGAGCAAAGCCACUCCAGUACCUGGGCGCCUACUCAUUGCAGCCUGUCUCCUCUUUUUUAUUCUUCUUCUUAUUAUUCAUUCCUUUUUUUUCCCCCUUCCCCUCUUUCCCUUCCCUCCCCUCCCUUUUUUUUUUUUUAAUUUUAUUCCUCCUCCUUCCUUCCUCCCUCUCCCCUUCCCCUUGUCUCGGAGCCUGGAUUAUUGAGUCCUUCGGGAAAAGGAAAGCAACCUGAAUUCUGAAUGGCAUACGAGUGAUGGUCCUGUUCCUACAGAGCUCUCCCAGAUAUAUGUUGGGGAAAGGAGGAAAGCGGAAGUUUGACGAGCAUGAAGAUGGGCUGGAAGGCAAAGUGGUGUCUCCUACUGACGGUCCAUCUAAGGUGUCUUACACCUUACAGCGCCAGACUAUCUUCAACAUUUCCCUUAUGAAACUUUAUAACCACAGGCCAUUAACAGAGCCAAGCUUGCAAAAGACUGUUUUAAUUAACAACAUGUUGAGACGAAUCCAGGAGGAACUCAAACAAGAAGGCAGCUUGAGGCCUGUGUUCAUCACCACUUCUCAGCCUACUGACCCUCUCGGUGACAACUUCAGAGAGGCCCAGCCCGCGUUCAGCCACCUUGCCUCUCCGUCAAUUCACCCCACUGACUUUGUAAGCACUACACCAUUGGAGUCUUGCCUCACCCCAGCCUCUUUGCUUGAGGAUGACACUUUUUGCACUUCCCAGACUGUCCAACAUGAUGGUCCUACAAAACUACCACCUCCAGCUAUCCAACCUGUAAAGGACAGUUUCUCCUCAGCCUUGGAUGAAAUUGAGGAGCUCUGUCCAACACCUACCUCUACCGAGGCAGUCGUAGCAGCAGCAGAAGCAGCAGCAGAGGACUCUAAAGAUAACUCCUGCGAGUCUAACAUUCAAAAACCCGAGGGAGUCCAGGAGAGCAGAACAAAUGAAUCAAAACUAAUGGACUCCCUACCUGGCAAUUUUGAGAUAACAACUUCCACAGGUUUCCUCACAGACUUGACCUUGGAUGAUAUUCUGUUUGCUGACAUUGAUACUUCUAUGUAUGAUUUUGACCCUUGCACGUCUGCUACAGGGACUGCCUCAAAAAUGGCUCCCGUCUCAGCAGAUGAUCUUCUAAAAACUCUAGCCCCUUAUAGCAGUCAACCAGUAACCCCAAAUCAGCCUUUCAAAAUGGACCUCACAGAACUGGAUCACAUAAUGGAGGUGCUUGUUGGGUCUUAAAACAGUGACUUUCUGUACCAGUAUAUUCACUUGGUAGUAUUUUCACAGUCCCUGCCCACCCACUGACCUACCCUGCUGCCCCCGAUUCACAGCACUGUGCAUGCGUCCUUGCUUGCCUUUUUUUAAAAGAAAAAAAUCACAGUAGAUUUUGCUUCAAGCAGAGUUGGAGUGCCUUCAUCCACGUAUGACCACUUUUAAUGUAUUUUUUUUUUUUUUUUUAAAGUGGUUCCUCAAGGAAGACCGAAUACCCUGGUGUAGGAAAGAAUACGUAUUGUAGACAAUAUUACUAUGUUAUUACAACAAAAAAAUUAAAUUGUAAAAGCUAAGCACAAGGAUUAUGUUGGGAAAAGCUGUAAAUUGCAUGUGCAUAUUUGUCUAUUUUUUCUAUAAGUUUUAUUGCAAGAGGUAAAAAUUUUAUUAUUUAGAUAAUCUCAGUACCAUUUUAGCCCUGUAUAGGUUGAUUUAGCAAUUCAGCCUUUUGGAGGCAUUAACUAUUCCUCUUUAAGUGUUGCAUUUACAUGGCUGUUUAGAAACUGCUGCCCAAAUUUAUUUUAUAUUUUUGUACAGAUUCUGCAGUUUAUGAUAUUGUUUUUUCUAAAAACAAAUGCUGUUUAUACACACAAAAAAUAGCUAUUUUGAUAGGAUUUGCUCACAUAGUUCCUGCAUAAUUCAGAUGUACAAGAACCACUUGUACUUUUAUACAGAGUUGUAAUGUUUUAUAUGUGUAUGGUGCAAAGAGAAAAUUGGAUCAAAUAAACCUGCAGUUGGUCUCCUGAAUGCAAACAAAAGUGCUUUGAGAAAGGGCCGAGGGCUGUUUCACAAGUUUCACAAAUGUUUGCUCCCUGCUGUAACCACCUGUGCACUACUGUGAUUUCUAAAACUUAGAGCCAUGUCUGUUCCAACACCUAUGUUAAACAGUUGGCAGGAAAUAGUUGUGAAACUUCAUUGGAAGUGGUGUCUUGUGAGAUCAAGGCUACUGGGAGCUUAAUCUUAAUGCCAGUAUGCCAAGCAAAUGUCUGUUCCUUUUAAGAAAGUUUUAUUUGGAACAUCAUGUUUUCUUUGUUCCUUGAACUGCGUAAGCAUUUUAGCAGUCCUGCGACUCCUCAGCAGAAAUGACUGCAAACAAGUUUAAGGGGAAACACACACACCGGUUACAAAAAUGAUUUUGCAGUUUUUAUUGGAGAGCAGCAUCCAUGCUCUUUGCUCCAAUUCAUUUGCAUUCAAGAUUCCACUUGCCCUUUCUUGGAGCAUUUUUCCCCCCACUGUGUUGAUAAGUGCUGAAAAAGGCAAGUUCAGUAUUACUGCAGUGAAGCUCAUCUCUUAUCUGCACUGGAUGGACUUAAUUUUAAUAUCCAUUGCUGUUGAAACUGGAGCCAGUUGCAUUACAUCACUUGGCAUCUCCUGUAGGGUUGGUUUCUUGUAUCAACUGUGUUACCUGCUUUACACUUUAUAGACCUGUUAUACAAUGAAUAUACAGACACAGCUUUCUAUGCAUGUUUCCUUCCCCUGUAACACCUGAGAAGUCUUCUCAUUACUGCACCAAUAGCAUUUUUUUAACUCAUUGUGGUGUACAUUUAAUUUAAAAACGAUUUGCAAUGUAUCAUGCCUGUUGCUGAAGUUGCUAUGGCAUUUUAGUUUUCCAAUGGUACUUUAGCUGUUGAGUGCAGGUUACAACCUAUAUUGUCAACAUGCCUAUGGCUUCUUUAGGAAUAUCUUUUAUAUUUAUUUAAGAAAUUUUAAAUUAUGUUUUAUGUCAUUUGGCAAUAUUCAGCCAGUUCUGCUCACUUCUUGUCAUGAAUAAAAUUGGGUCUUAUCUGCCUUUUAAGGAGGCAGCUUUAUAAAUUGGCACUUUAAAACAGGCCAUAUAUAUUUACUAGUAAAUGAAUAAUGCAUACAAAUGCAAUACAAAGCAAUGAAUUUCAGAUAUUGCAAUGAAGGAACUGCUAAUAUGAAUGAAAUGUGUUGUGUACAAUUAUGGAAUGCUUUGGAUUCUAAUUAAUCAGCCAGCUUCAGUUUGUUUUUAAAGACUAACUCAAUGAAGCAACAAAAUGUUGAUGAACUUGCAGUUGUUUGCUUGCAAGGACUGUAAUAGUAUUUACUAUUUCGCACAGAAUGCCAUCAACCAAGUGUAGAAUUGGGGGGCCAUUUUUAACAGGGGGAGGCGUAAGGAAUAAUUGUUCCAUUUUUUUGCAUUCAGGAACUUGUGGUUAUUGUUCAUCCUGCAGUUUCCAUACCUUGUAAGAGAAUACUAGAUGACCUCUUGAGGUCCCUUCCAGCCUUAUUUCUCUGUGAUGAUAACCCUGCCACAGACUCUGCAACUUUUAGAACUGGAGGAACCAGGAAAAUUAUGGCCCGUGAGGGGGGUGGGGGGGGGUGUGCGUGUGCAAAAAUCACAUAGCCACACAAGCAUGUUAAUUUUUUUUGUUUUAAUUCUUCCCCCCAGAACAAUAAUUUGGUAAGUAUAUUGAUUUACCAUUGUGCAAAACUGAUUUACAAUAACUUAGAAAUGCCCCCCCCCCUUUUUUUUUUAUUAUUUAAUGGUGUGUUUAAACCGAUACCAUAUGUUAGGCAACAGUUCAAAUAAGCGCCAUUUUUGGAGCAGUGAACCGUAGCUCUAAAAGGGUUAAUUUUGAAGUCUCUUGGUAUUUGCAAAAUAGAAGAGAGAAUUUCAAAAUAUGUUUUACCAGUCAAGAAAUCUGUGUAUCCUUGGUGCUGAAGUCAGUCUUAUAGUACUUGAAGGCAAUUGAUAGCACAGAGAUGCACCUAACGUGUAAAAUUAGGCAAAAGGUCAGGAAUUCUUAUUCUGAGCUGUAACCUCUUCCUCUGUAGAUGGAAAUGCUUGCUGGAAUCUCACUCUCUUUGCAGCAACUUUCUGUCAGUAGUGUGAUCUUUGCAACGGUUGUAGAAUAACAGUCAGGUUAAGUAUUCUUUAUGCAAGAGGUAUGCCAGAGGAUGUAUAUUGACACUGAUGUGCAAUGAAAUGACAAGAUGGGAGCAGAAUGAAAGAGCUUUGGAUUUGAAGUGAUUUUUUUUGUUGUUUUUUUUCAUAAGUUAUUUAUUCCUUUUUUUUCCUUUGUAAAUAUAUUUAUUUUAUUGUGAAGCUAACAACAUCUGGAUUGUAACAUGUACAGAAUGUAUGGUAGGAAUGUAUUCUCUUGUAGGAAUGUAAAUCUGUAUGAAAAGGGGAUGGGAGCUACAUUCAGAGAGAAUGAUUUGGGUUUGAUUCGGGAUACGCAUGGUUCACAUGAUUUCCUCCCCUCCUUUCCCCCCUCGCCUCUUUGUUCUAAUAUGGGUCAGGUUUGUGAAAUAUUCAAGAGGUAUGGAUGAAGAAUAGUUCAGUAUGCAGAAUCAGCCAUUGCUAUCAGCCUCCUGACGUGUCAGUUCCUUCUAAUGGGGACUGACUCCCAUUCGACCCUGGGAAGUCUGCUGGGAGCACACUUGAUUUGAUCCACCUCUUCCUCUGGGGGCUGAUUUUGUAGAUACACAAGCAAUCUCCACGUAUGCAAGGAGCCCCACCGAAGCCCCUGGGGCUGCAUGAAUGAGUACAUUUGCAGGACGGUACUCUUUCCCUAGGAAACAGAGUGGAACCAGUGCCACCUUUGCGCAUGGUAAGAUACAGCGUAGCAGUUGUAAAUGCACUUUCCAAGUGCAACGUGUUAAUUGCAUGGGCUUAAACGUAUUGCUUACCAGGCCCGAUCAGGCAGUCCUAGUUUGUAUGCAACUCACGUUGUACUCUGCUGGACCUGGGCUUGCAAUAGGGACUGCAAGAUUGGGGCGCCCGCUAAUACAGUCGCUUCUCAGAGCCUUAGUGGACUGUACAGCCUUGGAUGUGAAGGAAGAAGCACUUCCUUUGAAAAGAAGAAACAUUGCAAAGAAAGAUAGUGUUCAACAAAAAUCCAGAGUAUGAUCUAUUCGCAUUCCCUGCUGCAAGUUAGAAAAUAAGAACCACUUCUGAAAUGACCAUUGUGAGAACAAACUACCUUGCGCUGCAGCCGGUUUCUCCCUGUUGCAUGUUAAUAGCCCAGAUGAUUUAAAACUCAAUGUUGUGAACCCAAAGUUUACACUUUUUUUUCAGAAACUAAGAGAGCAAAUUGCAGAGAGUCCUGUCUGACAAACGGUCUAAUUCACUCCAAAGUGUUGUGAACGUUGAUUUGUUUUUCUUUUCCAAACAGGCUUCAGCAUCCUGCUUCUGUGAAAGUUGCUUUCAGUGAUUAUGUUAAUGGGACUGAACAUUUCUUAGAAGUUAGCUCUUUUUAAGCUUGCUCUCUCUCUUGCUGAAAAUAAGCCUAAUGCAAGUCCUGGAACCUUUUAAAGAAAAUAAAAUAAAAAAGAAAGAAAAAAAUCACCACCUACAAGUUGGGAGGGAUAAGUGUAAUCCAUACUAGUGUCUGAAAAGGCAGAGAUUCUAGAAAAGGUGUAAAUAGUGUGACAUGUUCAGUGCAUGGUUGUUGAACAGGGCUUGUUAUUGUCAAAAAGAAGGCUGUAUUUCUCCCCCUCCCUCCCCCCCACAGACCUUAGAGCUGUGCCUUUUCUAUGCAAUAUUACAGACAUAUACAUCUGAAACCAGAUUACUGUAUUCACAUGUAGGUAUGGGCUGUAAUCAAAACAAUUGGACAAAUGUACAUGGAAAUGAGCAGUCUUACUUUUGUAGUUUUAUAUUAUACAAUAAACAAUUAAAAGAUA